AUGCCUGUCAGCAAAGAAAACCGUACGCUGGCCAUCCUCAGCGCCGCCGAGGCCGGCAACUACGGCGUCAUGGCCGCCAUUGCAUACAACUUGGAACAGUUGACUGCACUAGUGCGCGCAGCCGAAGCCAAACGAUCUCCUCUUAUAAUUCAGCUUUUCCCAUCAACACUCAAGCAACUACCUUUGCUUGCUCACGCUGCCGCACAUGCCGUCAAAACAGCCACAGUACCACUUUCUCUCCACAUCGAUCACGCACAAGAUGUCGAGCAUAUCCGGGACAUCAUUGAAACCCUGCCCGUAGACUCUGUCAUGGUGGAUAUGUCGCAUUACGACGAGUCCGAGAACUUGGAAAAGACUGGGAUACUCACCAAGGCGUGUCACGACAAAGGAAUUGCUGUUGAAGCCGAAAGUGGAAGAAUUGAAGGCGGCGAGGAUGGUAUUGCUGAUACAGGAGAUCUUGAGGCUCUCUUCACAUCACCCGAAGACGUCGAUAACUUCAUCAACGCCGGCAUCGACAUCCUAGCCCCUUCCAUCGGCAACAUCCACGGUGAUUACGGUCCCGCUGGACCCAAAGAAGGCCAAUUGCAUUACGAUCGUCUCGAAUCGAUAAACAAACAGGUUAACAAGCGCGUUCACGUCGCCUUACACGGUACCAACGAUUUUCCCCCAGAAGUCAUGCAACGCUGCAUACGAUCCGGCGCCAUCAAACUCAACGUAAACAAACUGUUACUUGAGGCCGGUAACCAGGUCCUACGGAAGAAUGCAUCGACAACUUUGCUAGCAAAGUUGAUCGAUAUGCAGAUGGAAGCGAUACAGAAGGAGACGGAGAGGUGGAUGGAUAUUUGUGGAAGUAGUGGGAAAGCUUAG